AUGGCGUCCGUUUCGACCUCGGCCCUGCUAUUGCUGCCACCUCCCCCGGCGGCCGAAUUCGACCAACUCAAGUACGCAUACGAGAUCAUCUUGUCGACUGUCUGCUCUACCCUACAUCUAAAACUAGAGGGGACCGACCGUGUGGCUACCCUCGAUGUUGCGCUUUCCCUCCCCGGCUUACUCGCCCCGUCCUCCCGACCCCGCACCAGAGCAUUUGCAAGCUUGCAGUCGAUACUGGAGGGGAUCUACCGGUUGAUAGGAAUCGUAUGUAUCGAACACAGGAUUGAGCUGGAUAUGCCCGGAGGUAUCGAUGCACGAGUUAUACUUCUCGAUUGCGAUGUGGCUCGGAGCACGGAAAAGAACCCGGCAGUUCCGCGCGAUGGGCCGAUCGUUGACCUGCGAACGCUGGCGGAGUCAGGACGACCAUGGAAUUCAGUUUACUACCCUGAUAAUCAGAUAGGACUAAAUCUCGCCGCCUCCUUCAGUAGCUUUUAUCCUCCUGUGGCGGAGCUGAAAUCUCCCGGCUCUGGUUUAUUGCAUGCCAUUCCAGACGCACCUCAUUGGACUCCAUCAGAGUCAGUUAUGACCUUGACCGCUCUCAAUGAAGCAACAGCGCCCUACACAGUGGCUGUAGGAGGCACAUUCGACCACUUUCACAUCGGACACAAACUCUUACUGACUGCGACAGCACUGGUCUUGCAGCCUGCAGAGGAUGCUGAUGCAGGCAAAGAACGAGUCCUCAUCGUGGGAGUGACCGGCGAUGAAUUGUUGGUAAAGAAGAAAUAUCCCGAGUUUUUGGAAAGCUGGGAAGAACGCUGCCAUAGCACAGGCGCUUUCUUGACAGCCAUCAUGGAUUUCCGAGCCCCAGGAACCAGUAAACCUCAGCUCGAGAAAGCCUUGGAGCCUGGUCCCACCGGGAAGUCUAUCCUGAUGAAGAUACGGCCCGACCUCGUUUUUAGAUUGGUCGAGAUAAAGGAUCCGUUUGGUCCUACCAUCACGGAGGAGGAUAUCGGCGCCCUUGUGGUCUCGAAGGAGACUCGAUCGGGGGGAGCUGCAGUCAAUGAUGCACGCACAAGGAAAGGAUGGGCGCCGCUGGCCGUAUUCGAGGUUGAUGUUCUGCAUACGACCGAAGUGCCUCCGGAUGACGCAGAGGACUUCGCAUCCAAAAUAAGCAGCACGGAUAUCAGGCGGCGGCGGAUGGAGAAGGCUUUGCAAUGA